GUGAGCGCGGUGGGGGUACGGAAGCGGCUUGAAGACUCCCCCGCCAUGUCCCCUCGCUCCCUUGGUGGUCUCCUAGUGCUGCUGUGCAUGCUUGGGGCCGCCAUUGCUGGGAGAGAUUUCUACAAAAUCUUGGGAGUGUCUCGCAGUGCAUCUGUUAAAGAUAUUAAAAAGGCCUACAGAAAGUUAGCCCUACAGCUGCAUCCAGACCGUAACCCCGAUGAUCCACGUGCGCAGGAAAAGUUUCAGGAUCUUGGGGCUGCCUAUGAGGUGCUAUCAGAUGAGGAAAAGCGAAAGCAGUAUGAUGCAUAUGGAGAAGAAGGUUUAAAAGAAGGUCACCAGGGUUCCCAUGGAGAUAUUUUUUCACAUUUCUUUGGGGACUUUGGCUUCAUGUUUGGAGGAAGUCCUCGCCAGCAAGACAGAAACAUUCCAAGAGGAAGUGACAUCAUUGUGGAUCUAGAAGUUACACUGGAAGAAGUGUAUUCAGGAAACUUUGUGGAAGUUAUUCGUAACAAACCAGUAGCAAGACAAGCACCCGGUAAAAGAAAAUGCAAUUGCCGGCAAGAGAUGAGGACAACCCAGCUAGGCCCAGGGCGUUUCCAGAUGACCCAAGAAGUGGUCUGUGAUGAGUGUCCCAAUGUCAAGCUUGUGAAUGAAGAGCGGACCCUAGAGGUGGAGAUAGAGCCUGGUGUGAGGGAUGGCAUGGAAUAUCCCUUUAUUGGGGAAGGUGAACCACAUGUUGAUGGGGAGCCAGGUGACCUGCGCUUCCGAAUAAAAGUUCUUAAGCAUCCAGUCUUCGAACGAAGAGAGGAUGAUUUAUAUACAAAUGUGACUAUCUCGCUGGUCGAGGCUCUAGUGGGCUUUGAGAUGGAUAUUGCCCAUUUGGAUGGGCAUAAGGUCCACAUUGCCCGGGAUAAAAUCACAAAGCCUGGAGCAAAGCUGUGGAAGAAAGGGGAAGGUCUUCCCAAUUUUGACAACAACAACAUUAAAGGCUCUCUAAUAAUCACAUUUGAUGUGGAUUUUCCCAAAGAGCAACUGACAAGUGAACAGCGAGAAGGCCUAAAACAGCUGCUAAGACAGGCAUCGGUUCAGAAGGUGUACAAUGGUCUGCAGGGAUAUUAAGACGGAGAAAAAUGGACUUUGUUGCAAACAAGUGAAAUCAGUGCUGUAAACUGCAGUCUUCUGGUCAUUGUAGAGAAAACCUGAGAGAUGUUG